AUGAUCUCUUCGAUACACGAGUACGACCUCUACAUGAACCCGGACGACUUCUACCUGGUACUCGAGGAUGACCACUUAGACACUCCAGUACGACCUGCACCUGUUGCCUCGCCUCAGGGUCGUGGUUUUAGUGGCCAGAACUGGGCCUGUGGGGCAGGGGCCUCUGUGGGGAACUGGGGCCUAUUGGGGAACUGGGCCCUGUGGGGCUGGGGCCUAUUAGGCCUGGGGCCCUAUGGGAACUGGGGCCUUCAAGACUGCGGGGCUCAGGGGCCUGUGGAGACUGGGGCCUGUGGGGGCUGGGCCCUGUUAGAACUGGGGCCCUGUGGGGCACAGGGCCCUGUGAAACUGGGGCCUGUGGGGAACUGGGGCCUGUGGGAGCUGGGGCCUGCUAGAACUGGGGCCUGUGAGAACUGGGGCCUGGGCCUAUGGGGCCUGGGGCCUAUUAGGACUGGGGCCUCCAGGGAACUGGGGCCUGUAGAACUGGGGCCCUGUGGGACUGGGGCCUGUGGGAACUGGGGCCUAUUAGAACUGGGGCCCUAUGUGGGGCUUCAGGGCCUUAGAACUGGGCCCUCUGGGAACUGGGGCCUGUAG